AUGGCCUCGCCCGAGCACUGCCUGUACUGCUUCGAGUCGCUGGCCGCCCACCUCGACGGCCGGGAGGCGCUCUCGCUGGCCGAGGUCGAGAAGCUGUACGCCGAGUACUGCAACAGCGACGAUGCCGAUGGGGAUGCGAGCAACCCCUCCAAGCUGGAUGCCCUUAAGAAGCGGAUCCCGGCUCUGCAACGGCUCGCAAACUCCUCCUCGAGCAGCACCUCAUCUCCCUCGUCAGGCUCGAGCAUGUCCCUCGCAACCGACACCCCGGACACCUCUACGUCGUCACUCGCUACCGAGACGGACCCCAUCACCGAGUCGCCCCUCUUUGUGACGUGGAACACCGUCUCCUCGCGGUCCGGCCACACCAACCUGCGCGGCUGUAUUGGCACCUUUGAAGCACAGGAUCUUGACGAGGGCCUCUCGUCUUACGCACUUACUUCAGCCAUUCACGAUACGCGCUUCAGACCCAUCUCCAAGCGUGAGCUGCCUUCGCUAGAAGUAGCAGUGACACUCCUCACCGACUUCGAGGACUGCGACGACGCGAUGGACUGGGAACUGGGCAAGCAUGGCCUACGUAUUAGUUUUACCGAGCGCGGCAGGCGAUAUGGUUCGACAUAUCUGCCCGACGUUGCAUCUGAGCAGGGAUGGACUAAGGAAGAGACUUUGGUGAGUCUGAUGCGGAAGGCCGGUUGGACGGGGAGCAAAGACAGGUGGCAGGACGUCGAUCUCAAAGUCGUGCGCUACCAGGGCAAGAAGGAGGAGCUGCGGUAUCCGGAGUUCAAGGCGUGGAGGGAUUGGGUCGACAAGCACAGCGACAUUUAG